CACAUUAAUUAAAAAAGUGGAGAUUUUUUUAUUUUUUGAAACUAAAAAGUUGAGAUUUUAAGAAAGAGAACACCCCAAACAAACACAAUAUAUCUUCUAACACCGAUAAUAGCAAAUAUAUCACACACCACAGCUUUGAGAUGAGCCAGCGUGUUCCAUACUGCCACAUCGAUGAGACUCCGGCGGCCACCGUCCGCUCCACCAAAGCUGCAGAUAUCCCCAUGCUAAACUACGAGGUAGCCGAGCUCACAUGGGAAAACGGGCAACUGGGGUUGCACAGCUUAGGUCCAACACCAGUGCCUGCUCCAUCAAAGUAUUUUACAGGAGCCGGUGGAACAUUGGAGUCAAUAGUAGACCAAGCUACUCGCUUUCCUAACCCUAAGCCCACCGAUGAGCUCGUCCCAUGGUUCCACCCCCGCUCUUCCACGGCCGGCUUGGAUGCGCUUGUCCCCGAGCAGCAGAGCCACCCACCCACCCACGUGGACUCGUGUAGCAAUGGUCAUCCCAUGGCUGGUGUAAAACGAGCCCGAGUAGCCUCAGGGUGGAGCACCGGCGGGAGCCAAAAUCUGACCUUUGAAACUUACGGUUUCACCUCAACAUCACUGGAUGAUAAUUCCAGCUCCGGCGGGAAGCCUUGCACUAAAACCUCCAACAUUUACGGUCAUGACUCCGUCUGCCACAGUCGCCGACAGAUGGAGGAAGAAGAAGAGAAGCAAGCGGGAGGAAAAUCAUCAGUUUCAACUAAGAGAAGCAGUGCCGCUGUUAUUCAUAACCAAUCCGAACGAAGGAGAGAAAAGAUCAAUCAAAGGAUGAAGACUUUGCAGAAACUGGUUCCCAAUUCCAGCAAGACGGAUAAAGCGUCGAUGUUGGAUGAAGUGAUAGAGUACUUGAAGCAACUUCAAGCACAAGUGAGCAUGAUGUGCAGAAUGAACAUGCCUUCCAUGAUGCUUCCCAUGGCCAUGCAGCAGCAGCAACAACAACUUCAACUCUCUCUCAUGUCCAGUUCCAUGGGUUUAGGGCUUGGCAUGGGGAUGCCCGGUCUUGGUCUUCUAGACCUUAAUUCUAUGAACCGAGCUGCUGCAACGGCUCCUAAUAUCCAUGCCAACAUGAUGCCGAACCCAUUUGUGCCCAUGACUUCUCCAUCGUGGGAGGCCUCCUCUUCUACCGACACUCGAUUUCAGUCUCCUCUUAUCCACGAUCCUAUGCCAGCCUUUCUUUCACGUUCCUCGCAGCAAACGACGAUGGAAGCAUAUAGCAGGAUGGCGGCAUUAUAUUAUCAGCAAAUGCAGCAACAGAUGAUACCUACUCCUUCAAAUCCAAAAUGAUUAUAUUAUUUAAAACUUAAGUUUACAUAUAUGUAUUGCAGAUCUUCACCAUACGCAUUCCAUCGUAUUUUAUAUGUUUAGGGCAUAUAGGCUACACAUGAACUUUAUAUGAUUUACUUUAAAAAAAGGCCUGAUUGUAAUUAUAUCUCGUCCCAAAUAUGAUAUGAUCAUGUUUGAGUGAUUAUGUAA